GCAUGGUGCAUUCAAAACACGCAAAGGCAUGUUUCGCACUGUGGGCCAGUUGUACAAGGAGCAACUGGGUAACCUGAUGGCAACACUGAGGAACACAAACCCCAAUUUUGUCCGUUGCAUCAUCCCCAACCACGAGAAAAAAGCUGGUAAACUGGAUCCUCACCUGGUUCUGGACCAGCUGCUGUAAUGGAGUCCUGGAGGGAAUCCGAAUCUGCAGACAGGGCUUCCCCAACCGCAUUGUCUUCCAGGAGUUCAGACAGAGAUAUGAAAUCCUCACUCCUAAUGCAAUUCCAAAGGGCUUCAUGGAUGGGAAACAGGCUUGUGUACUGAUGAUCAAAGCUCUUGAACUGGACCCUAACUUGUACCGCAUUGGCCAAAGUAAAGUAUUUUUCCGAGCUGGAGUCCUGGCCCAUCUGGAGGAGGAGAGAGACAUGAAGAUCACUGAUGUUAUCAUCAGUUUUCAGGCCUGGUGCAGAGGAUAUGUGGCUCGCAAAGCUUUUGCCAAAAGACAACAACAGCUUACUGCCAUGAAAGUUAUCCAAAGAAACUGUGCCGCCUAUCUCAAACUCAGAAACUGGCAAUGGUGGAGGCUAUUCACAAAGGUGAAGCCAUUGCUUCAGGUGUCCCGGCAGGAAGAGGAGAUGCUGGCCAAAGAGGAGGAGUUGUCUAAAAUAAAGGAGAAGCAGAUUCAGGCCGAGCAGCUGGUGGAGGAACUAGAGGCAAAGCAGAAGCAGCUAAGUGCGGAAAAGUUGGCUCUGCAAGAGCAGCUCCAGGCUGAGACAGAGCUUUGUGCAGAGGCUGAGGAGAUGAGGGCUCGACUGGCCAACCGAAAACAGGAGCUGGAGGAAAUCCUGCAUGAUCUAGAGUCCCGUUUGGAGGAGGAAGAGGAGAGGGUCACCCAACUGAACACGGAGCGGAAGAAGAUGCAGCAGAACAUCAAUGAACUAGAGCAGCAGCUGGAUGAGGAGGAGGCUGUAAGGCAGAAGCUUCAGAUGGAAAAGAUGACAACAGACGCUAAACUGAAGAAGAUAGAGGAAGACGUCAUGGUGCUUGAUGACCAGAACAACAAACUCUCCAAGGAAAAGAAACUGUUGGAGGACCGUAUUUCAGAGUUUACAACAAACUUGGCUGAAGAGGAAGAGAAAUCUAAAAGUUUACAAAAACUCAAGAAUAAACAUGAGGCUAUGAUCACAGAGUUGGAGGAUCGUCUGCGGAAGGAAGAAAAACAGCGUCAGGAAUUGGAGAAAAAUCGGCGCAAAUUGGAGGGAGACUCCUCAGAGCUUCAUGACCAGAUUGCAGACCUGCAGGCUCAGAUAGCCGAGCUCCGAGACCAGCUCGCCAAGAAAGAGGAGGAACUUCUGGCUGCUUUAUCCAGGAUAGAGGAAGAGGCUGCAGCCAAAAACACAGCCCAGAAGAAGAUUCGUGAGUUGGAGGCGCAGAUCUCUGAGCUGCAGGAGGACCUGGAGCUGGAGAGACAGGCACGGUCUAAGGCUGAGAAACACCGCAGAGACCUGGGAGAAGAACUGGAGGCCCUGAAAACUGAACUAGAAGAUACACUGGACUCCACUGCAGCUCAACAAGAACUCAGAUCUAAACGUGAGACUGAAGUCGCACAGCUUAAAAAGACCUUGGAAGAAGAGGCUAAAAUCCAUGAACAACAGAUGGCUGAGAUGAGACACAAACACAACCAGGCUUUUGAAGAACUGAAUGAGCAGUUGGAACAGGCUAAAAGGAAUAAGGUGUCUGUGGAGAAGGCUAAGCACGCAUUGGAGAGUGAGUGGAACGAGUUACAGAUCGAGCUGAAGAAUCUGACUCAAAGUAAAGGAGACUCAGAGCACCGCCGCAAAAAGGCCGAAGCUCAGGUCCAGGAGUUGCAGGUCAAAUUUGGAGAGAGUGAGAAACAGAGGCACGACAUGUCUGACAAAAUGAGCAAGAUGCAGUCUGAACUCGAAAAUGCAAACACGCUCUUGUCUGAAGCAGAGGGCAAGAACAUAAAAUACAGCAAAGAUGUGUCUUCACUGGAGUCUCAACUUUCAGACACACAGGAGCUGCUUCAAGAAGAGACUCGUCAGAAGCUGGCUUUGUCGACUAAACUCAGGCAAAUGGAGGAUGAACAGAACAAUCUGAGGGAGAUGAUUGAGGAGGAGGAAGAGAGCAAGAGAAAUGUGGAGAAGCAGGUGUCCACUCUCCAGGCACAGUUGGCAGACAUGAAGAAGAAGCUUGAGUUGGAGGUCUCAUCUUUGGAGGGGGCUGAGGAGGGACGCAAGAAACUCCAGCGAGAUAUGGACAGUCUAAUGCUACAGUUGGAGGAGAAGACUUCGGCCUACGACAAACUGGAAAAGACAAAGAAUCGACUCCAACAGGAGCUUGAGGACCAUAUGGUGGACCAGGACAACCUGAGGCAGAUCGUGUCUAACCUGGAGAGGAAGCAGAAGAAAUUUGAUCAGAUGCUGGCAGAGGAGAAGGCGAUCUCCUCUCAGUACGCUGAGGAAAGGGACAAGGCUGAGGCUGAAGCCAGGGAGAAAGACACCCGAGCUCUGACUCUGGCCCGUGAGCUGGAGACCAUGAGCGACCUGAAGGCUGAGCUGGAGCGCACCAAUAAGACUCUUAAAGCUGAGAUGGAGGACCUGGUCUCUUCCAAGGAUGAUGUUGGCAAGAGUGUUCAUGAGUUGGAGCGCUCUAAACGAGCCAUGGAGCAGCAGCUGGAGGAGAUGCGGGUGCAGCUGGAGGAGCUGGAGGAUGAGCUCCAGGCCACAGAGGACGCCAAACUGCGUCUGGAGGUGAACAUGCAGGCCAUGAAGGCCCAGUUUGACAGGGACCUCCAGGCCAGAGAUGAGCAGGGAGAGGAGAGAAGGAAACAACUUGUCAAACAGGUGCGUGAGAUGGAGGUGGAGCUGGAAGAGGAGCGUCGUCAGCGCAGCCUAGCCCUUUCAUCCAAAAAGAAAUUAGAGCUGGAUUUGGCAGAUCUUGAAAUCCAGAUUGAUGCUGCUAAUAAGGCCAGGGAUGAAGCACUGAAACAACUGAAAAAGCUGCAGGCACAAAUGAAAGACGCAAUGAGAGAAGUGGAUGAGUUGCGUUUUGCCCGAGAUGAAGCAGUUGCUUCAGCCAAAGAGACUGAAAAGAAACUCAAGACCAUGGAAGCAGAUGCCUUACAUUACCAAGAGGACCUGGCUACAGCAGAGAGAAUGAAAAGACAGGUUAUGACUGAAAGAGAUGAGCUGCAAGAAGAGAUCACCAGCACCAAUGCAAAGAAUUCCUCUUUGACGGAUGAAAAGAGGCGCCUGGAGGCUCGUAUUGCUCAACUGGAAGAAGAGAUGGAGGAAGAACAGCUCAACACAGAGAUGGUCAAUGAUCGCCUGAAGAGGAGCACACUACAGACUGAACAGUUGACUACAGAGCUAUCGGCAGAGCGCAGCAAUUCUCAGCGCAUUGAGGGGGCUCGUUCUCAGCUCGAUCGCCAAAACAAGGAGCUGAAGCUGAAGCUACAGGAACUUGAGGGGACAAUCAAGUCUAAAUACAAGUCAAGCAUUGCAAUCCUAGAGUCCAAGAUCGCCCAACUGGAGGAGCAACUUGACACAGAGUCCAAGGAACGUCAGCAGGCCUCAAGACUGGUCAGGCGUACUGAGAAGAAACUCAAAGAAACUCUGUUGCAGGUUGAUGAUGAAAGACGUAACACCGAACAAUACAAAGACCAGUUGGAUAAGUCAAACAGCCGUAUGCGGCAGCUCAAACGGCAGCUGGAGGAGUCCGAGGAAGAGCUAACUCGGGCCAAUGCUUAUCGCAGGAAGCUGCAGAGAGAGUUGGACGAUGCCACUGAGUCGGCAGACUUGAUGAACCGAGAAGUGAGCACUCUCAAAAGCAAGCUCAGACGUGGAGACCUGCCUUUCAAUGUGCGGCGUUCCACAAAUCGCUCAGGAAUGGACAGCGAUGAAGAUUUGGAUGUGUCUGAAACACCUGAGCCUGCAGCGGAGUAAAUUCCCCGGGGAUAGGUUUUAUUUGCCUAUGUAAAAAAAUAUGAUGUGAAUGCAGAGGAAAGCUAUGGAAGUUACCUGCUGGUAGAUUCGUAUUGAUACCCAUUCAACUGAAAUCUAGUGUGUGUUUUCUAAGUCAAAUAAUCCAAACUACUUUUUCUCUCAGUUGUUUUUAUCUGGUGUUUAUUAGGCUACAUAUAUUUUUGUCAUUAUUGGCUAUUGCUAUUAAUUGCUAAAGAGUAAAAGACAUUUUCUAAUUACAUCCGCAAUUCAACCAGGUUUUAAUGCAUCUGUAUCUUUUUUUAUUAUUAUUUUUGUGCAAAACAUAUAUAUCAUCAUUCACAAGUUGUAUUACCUCAAAAAUAAUGCAUGUUGCCAGAUAUGGACUGCACAAACUGUGAUGGGAUUGGUAGCCAAUAAUGGAAAACAUUUGAGUGCCACUACAAAGGUGUAAGGGUAGUUAAUUUCAGUUUCAAUUUCUUUAUUGCUGUAGGGGGGGUGAAGGGGCACAUGUAUUGCUCUUAAGAAUGUCAAAGAAUAUACAUGUAAAUGUAUGCCAAUUUUAUGAUCAUUUUAUCUAAUGCCUUAAAAUAUAAAUAAAUAAUGUAACCUA